AUGGAUUUUGCGUUCCAUGAUAACGCAAGCGGAACGCCGGCGAUUGACGACAGGAAAACGAUCCCUGGAAAUUGCCACUCCCUCUCAGCAUCUGAAGCGGAUGAUAUCCGCCGUUCAAACAAAGCUGAGGUCCUGACGAGCAAUUCUACACUUGGUGUCUGA